AUGUGCAUUGUCGCGGACAUUAGUGGAGAAGACCGUAAACAGUCAACAAUGGAGAAUGAAGUAUUAAGUAGGAAGAACGCAUUCAAGAUGCCUACAACCCCUUGCAAGUUUGUGUCGUCGUCGACAAGUCCUGCAGGGGGCUCAAGUGUGAAGAAAGGUCGCAGAAGGCCUAAUCAACAGCAACCUGCUUCGUUCCAGCAACAAACAACAGGAUUUGCGGCUCCCCUGCGGAUGUCGCAGGAGGAAAUCGUUGAUCAAAUGGAGAAGGAGCAAGAUGCCAUUGUAAUGCGCCUUUUGCGGGAGAUUGACACCUUGCGCGAAGAAAACAGCCGAUUACGGCGGAACAUGGGUCACUUGCUGAACGGCGAACCCUUGUCUUCAACUCCUCCGCAGUCUAGAAGGUCGUCGAUAGCUUCUCAGAGGCAACAACAACUCUUCUGUACAUCGGGUUCGAUAGCGUCGACGCCUUCUAGUUCCAGGAGGUCGUCUUUCUCACAAAUUGACAACCUAAAAUCAGAUUUGCAGAAAAAGCGCAAUUCGGGCUGCAACUAUGCAAUCACGUUGAGCAGUUCCACGUCUUCACCUUUCAUGAACGCUAUACUUCCACAAAUGGAUUCAUCAGCGUGGCCUCCAAUAUCUCAAGAAAAAAGUAAUAGUGGGGCUGCAACACUGUUUAGUGGUCACAUAACACGCCGCCCAGGAGGUGGCAAUGGGGGCGAUCCGCGUAUGUCCAAGGUACGCAAUCGGGCUGGAUCUACGUUGUUUUAG